GAACAAGCCGGCGACGGGCCGCGAUGAACGCGACGAGGUACCCGGAGUCGUACCAGGCGAGUCUCGGUAUGACGACGCAGCAGUACGUGUCCAUGGUCAAGACCAUCUUCCUCGGGCUCUCGGGCGCAGCCCUCGGCGCCUUUGUCCUCGUCCUCUACGGGCUCUGCAUGAAGCGCCCGACGUGGUGGUACGGCAUCCUCGUACGCUGGCUGCGCAUCUCGGACCCGGAUGCGACAACGUCCGCGAUCUUCCAGCGCUCCAACGCGGUCGCCGUGCACCGCCGCCAGUCGAGCAAUCCGCUAAGCAUGUCGCUUGUCGAGUGGCGGCAGUUCCAGGAGCAGCAGGAGACGCCGCCGCUGCGCGGGAAGGAGCUCACGCCGCCCUACUACCCGAUCUCGGCCUUGAACAGCAGCGUUGGCACCGAGCGCCCGUCAAGCUCCCACGACAGCCACGACGCCGCCGGCUACGACGCGGCUACGCUCCGGUCGGUCUAAGCCCUCGCGUGCGACGACCUAUUUAUUCCAGCCGACGCAACCCCCUUUGUCUUCAUUUAGACGCGUAACCACAUCAUGUACCCUCGUCUCCACGG